GCCGGACAGGAUGCUGAAGGCGCUCGAGUGCUCUCCGCCUCUCCUCUGCUGACGCACGGCCUGGCGCGAGGCUCCACGGAGGAGGGAGGAGGGAGGAGGGAGGAGGAGGAGGAGGAGGAGAGAGGCGGAGCUGGACCUGACCCGAGGUGGGGGCCACGGGAAGGCCCGCCGGCGCGGCGCGAGCUCCACGGCGGCUGGCGCGCCGGCGCGGCCGGCCCUCACCGCGAGGCGGCGGGAGGCGCGGCGCCCGACGCGACGGCGAGCUCCACGUCGGCCAGCGUGGGCGGCGUGGCCCCCUGCCGCCCACCUCGCCGAACGCGCGGAUCACGUUCUCCCUGCUGGCCUCCAGCCCCGCGGCCCGGAGCGCCAUGCCGAGGGAGCCGGCCACGCGCACAAGCGGCCCAUGGGCAGGAAGGGCCCUCUGUAGGAGGACUCUAUGCUCCCAGGCCCUCUCGACUCC